UUCCGGCGUGCGUACGCCUCCUCUUGCGCUCUCAUGUUAAUGGCGGGCGGUGGCUACUGAGCGGGUCGCAGAUAACCGCUGCCCGCACGGGGGGAAUAAAAUCUCCCUCACCUCCCGAUUUCUGCUCGCCACCAGAGUCAGAGGUCGCCAGCAUGUCGGUGGUACCGCCCAAUCGCUCGCAGACCGGCUGGCCCCGCGGGGUCAAUCAGUUCGGCAACAAGUACAUCCAGCAGACUAAGCCCCUCACCCUGGAGCGCACCAUCAACCUUUAUCCUCUUACCAAUUAUACUUUUGGUACAAAAGAGCCUCUCUAUGAGAAGGACAGUUCUGUUGCAGCCAGAUUUCAGCGCAUGCGGGAAGAAUUUGAUAAAAUUGGAAUGAGGAGGACUGUAGAAGGGGUUCUGAUUGUACACGAGCACCGGCUACCCCAUGUGUUACUGCUACAACUGGGAACAACUUUCUUCAAAUUACCUGGUGGUGAACUUAACCCAGGAGAAGAUGAAGUUGAAGGACUAAAACGCUUAAUGACAGAGAUACUAGGCCGCCAAGAUGGAGUUCUGCAAGACUGGGUCAUUGAUGACUGCAUUGGUAACUGGUGGAGACCAAAUUUUGAACCUCCUCAGUAUCCGUAUAUUCCUGCACAUAUUACAAAGCCUAAGGAACAUAAGAAGUUGUUUCUGGUUCAACUUCAAGAGAAAGCCUUGUUUGCAGUCCCUAAAAAUUACAAGCUGGUAGCUGCACCAUUGUUUGAAUUGUAUGACAAUGCACCAGGAUAUGGACCCAUCAUUUCUAGUCUCCCUCAGCUGUUGAGCAGGUUCAAUUUUAUAUACAACUGAAUUACGCGCAGUGGAAAAGUAAAAGAAGCCGUCUCUGUGAGCACAGCUGUACACGGUGUAGAAGAAUAAAUGUGGUAGAAGAGGUUUUUGGUUUUAUCUUUUUCCCAUUCCCUAAGUUGCCACUUAACUUUCUAUUGUUUGAAUAGUAAAGUUAAUAUGAAGAACUAGAUAGUGGUGUAAACAAAUGUGAUAAUGUUUAUUUACUUUUGGUUCUACUCAUUUUUCUUUUUUUUGUACAACAUUAAAGCAAAUGAACUUCUUUCUAUUUGUAUUUUUUUUUAAUUUCUCAUUAAACUUUAAAAAAUGUUA